AUGUCCAUCCCGCGGUUAGAGCUGUGCGGUGCGUGGUUAUUAGCACACCUUUUGGAUUACGUCUCCAAAAACCUAAAAUCUUUAUCCAUUGGCACCGUAACCGCCUGGACCGAUUCCACUGUUGCGCUGGCAUGGAUUAAAUCCCCUACUAGUAGGUUAAAAACGUUUGUUGCCAACCGAGUCGCCCAGAUUCAGCUGUUGACUAAAGGGUACACGUGGCGUCACGUUCCAACCGAGGAGAACCCUGCUGAUUGCGCUUCACGGGGUCUAAGUCCUCAACAACUUACUAACCAUGACUUAUGGUGGAAAGGUCCUACAUUUUUGUGUCAACCUAAAAAUACUUGGCCAGCUCAAAACGCUGACAGUCCAGACAGCCGUUUGGAAGAAGAGGCGGAAGAGAACCCAAUCACGCUUAUAUCUCAGGUAAAAGAAGAAGAGAGCCGCCUUUUAUAUCAAUCUGAUAAUCUGCAAAAAAUUUUGAGACUUACGGCUUACUGGUUGCGUGUUGGAGAUCAUUUAUUGGGAAAACCUUCGGCUUGUAUUUUCCCUCCGACAGUGGCCGAAACCGAGAGAUCUUUACGAUCGUUAAUACGAUGGACGCAGCGAGUAUUUUUUGCAGACAUCAAAAAAGCUAUUGCUACAGACAAACAAGUACCUGCAUCCGUACGUAAGUUAUCACCUUUCUUAGAUGAGAAAUCGUUAAUCAGAGUAGGUGGUCGCUUGAAAAACUCACCAAUUCCUUACGACUAA